AUGUUGAAAGGACUCAGUUUUAUCACUCGUGUUCGUAUUAGUCUCAUUCAAUUCUUAUCACUCUCUCUGUAUCUAUCUAUCUAUCUAUCUAUCUAUCUAUCUAUCUAUCUAUCUAUCUUCAUAUUUAUCUCAAUCAAUAUCUAUCUAUCUAUCUAUCUAUCUAUCUAUCUAUCUAUCUUCAUAUUUAUCUCAAUCAAUAUCUAUCUAUCUAUCUAUCUAUCUAUCUAUCUAUCUAUCUAUCUAUCUAAUUCUGUUUCUUUCUUACUACCUCUCUCUCUCUCCCUCUCUCUCUAUCUACCUUCGUAUUUAUAUCUAUCUAUCUAUCUAUCUAUCUAUCUAUCUAAUCCUGUUUCUUUCUUAGUAUGUAUCUUGGUAUUUCUAUCUAUCUAUCUAUCUAUCUAUCUAUCUAUCUAUCUAUCUAUCUAUCUAAUUCUGUUUCUUUCUUACUACCUCUCUCUCUCUCUAUCUAUCUCUAUCUACCUUCGUAUUUAUAUCUAUCUAUCUAUCUAUAUAUCUAUCUAUCUAUCUAUCUAUCUAAUCCUGUUUCUUUCUUACUAUCUAUCUAUCUAUCUAUCUAUCUAUCUAUCUAUCUAUCUAUCUAUCUAUCUAUCUAAUUCUGUUUCUUUCUUACUAUCUAUCUUGGUAUUUAUCUCAAUCUAUCUAUCUAAAUCUAUUUUAUUUAUUUCUAUCUAUCUAUCUAAUUCUGUUUCUUUCUUACUACCUAUCUCUCUCUCUCUCUAUCUCUCUCUCUCUAUCUACCUUCGUAUUUAUCUCAAUCUAUCUAUCUAUCUAUCUAUCUAUCUAUCUAUCUAUCUAUCUAUCUAUCUAUGUUUAUCUGGCAUGCUUGAAUCCAGUGAUAGCGGAUAUAAUGUUUUCAAUGCAAGCAUGACUAAAUACACGUAUAUAAUAGCAUACAUUUACGCGCUUAUGAAUUUAUGUAUAAGUUAG